AUGUAUUGUUGUUUCUCUUUCAAUAUAGGGCACUCAGAUAAACUCAAGAUAAUUAGAGUGGUGCAUUUGAAUGGCUAUGUAGAAGAUUUUGAUCAUCCUAUUAGUGUUAGUGAAGUCAUGGGAAAAACCAAAAAGCAUUUUAUUUUCACUCAAUCCCAACUUUUAUCCACUUGUUUACAACCUCUCAAUCUUGAUUACAUGUUGCAACAAGGCAAUAUUUACUUCUUGUUACCUCAUUCAACUUUUCAAUCUUGUGUAUCUCCUAUUGAUUUGGCUCCAAUUGCUAAAAGACUUAGUGGCAUAGCCAAAAAACCCAUGGCCUAUAAUAAGGACAAGCCAAGGAAGAAAAAGUCAUCGAAUGGUACUACUAGCCAACGAGUAUGGAACUCACCGACUAGUAGCCCUAAUAGGUUUUCAGAUGAGGGUAAAUGGGUUGAUCCAGAGAAAGGACGACUUAUAACCUAUGGUAUGGGACAACGAAUGUCGACAAAGUCACCAAAGUGGGAACCACUUUUGGAUACCAUUCGAGAAAGAUCAUUUAAUCGUAGAAGUGAGUCUGAUCUACAAGAGAAAAAUUUAGAAGGUGUGAAGUUUAUAUAG